AUGCCAGACUGUGCAGACUGCAGUGGCAUCGCAAGACUUGUAUACUAUCUGGUACUUGUGUUGCAGGGGGUGGUUAUUGGGUGGACGACGCGAGAAGCGUUGAUAAUGCAAGCUGAGUGGCUGCGGCAAGCAGACGCUGGCAUCUUCCACAACAUUGAGUCGCAUGCCGUCAUGACGACUCCCUUUCUCGGAGUCGUUCGUUCUGUGGUAUUCCGAAACUGCUCUAGUGUGGAUGAAUUGUCAAAGAAAUGGGAGGAGACGCUGGGAAAGGAUCCGUCGUCAGAGCUGGAGUACCUGUGCAUGCAUCCGCUCAAGGGCGGAAACGUGACCUAUUGGCCUCCCCAUUCCAUUUCAAGCGCAAUGAAAGCGUCGACGAGCCAGAAGUCCAUCCCGACUGGCCAUCCGACUGAUCCGCAAGCGGUCGAGCAGAUCUCGGAAGUGAUUCCAGCUUUCGAAGGUGUAUGGAGUGGAAUGGAGAAGUUGCAGUCCUUCUUCAAGAAGAUGUCGAGGCAGGUACAGGGCGCGUAUCGCGACAUUGACUAUGUCGAGGUUGAGUCACCUUGUCUUCAUUCCAACCUCAUCUUCGGCAAGCCGAAGUAUCUGGACAAGUACUUGGGCAUGGUGAUCUUCGAGGGCAAAAUCAACGAGGUGCAAGAGGCGGGCUGCGCCAGAGCAUCUCGCAGCCCUUCAUUGAAGCGAUCUGCUUCACUAACCGAGUCCUUGUCUUCCCUUUGCGAGCAAGACAAAGACACCAUUGCGCACCAGCGGAAGACACAGUUUGAUAGAAUCAAUGGUCUGCUGCUCGCUGUCCUGGUGGUGAAGUACAUCAUCAGCAGCAUUCAUGAAUUUGCCAGUCACUGCUUCGGACGUCCGUCAACGCGAUCUCGCUGCGACAAGACCCUGGAGGGCCUGGGCAUCAAAAUGAUGUCGAUCUUGCUCUGCCUGGCGCUGCAGGCAGUGCGUGGGACCAUGUUCCUCAUCGUGUGGCGGAAAAGUCAUAUUCUCCUGUCGCACGUUCCCGAAGUCGGAUUCGCAUGCGUCGUGGUUGUGCACAUCGUGGUUUGCAUCCUGAACGAACUGGACAAGUUUUGGAAGUGGUCCAACAUGGUGUGCUACAGCUGUCCCAAAAUCAUGACCUGCGUCUUCUGGCUGGGAUGGUUGUUCAUGAUGAUCAUGUGUUCCAUUCCAAUGCUGACUGUUUCAUACUUCAGCUUCGACUUUGCCAUACAGGGGCUGGAAUCCUGUCACCUUUUUGGAUCAGAUGGCGCUGUGAUAUCGCAAGAGUUCGAAGCAGCGGCCAGGAGUAGCAGCUCAUUUACGGCUGUCUUCAUUGUCCUCUCGGUGUUGGAGGCAGGCCUGUGGCUUGAGGUCCACGUUUGGGUCCCGCACAGGAAGAAGUCAGCGCCGGAAGUGACGCCUGCCUCGCUCAGCCGAGCCGGUGGCUACGUGACCGUGGAUGGGGAAGACACCGAAAAAGCCCUCUUCCCCAUGCGGGGCAACAAGCACACUGGCCGGAAGCACAAGAAUCAGAACAAGAAGACCAGGCCGUCUGUCAUCGCAGCAAAGCGCCGUAACAAGGACAUCGAUCAAGUUCAUGAAGACCUGAAGACGCCACAGAAGUUUCAAGCUGGCAGCCUUCCACGCGAUGAAGACUUGCCCGGUAUGGGACAGUUCUACUGCAUAGCUUGCAAUCGCUUCUUUGCGUCAGAGGAGGUCAAAGAGAAGCAUGAAAGAUCGAAGUUGCACAAGCGAAGGCUGCAGAAAGCUUCUGAUGAUCCGCAUACGCAGCAGGAUGCUGAGAUGGUGUCAUUGCAUGUCCUGGCAGCCAUGCGGACGGUGUGCCAGGGCAUUUGGCAGGUCCACAAUCAAGGACGCAGCAACUGCGUCCAAAGCAUCGCGGAAGCAGAAGCAGCAGAUGUUGAAGAACUCUUCUGUCUUGGCUGGGAAAUGUGGUCGGAAGAACUUACCCAAGCCGUGGCCUCCAAUCGGCCGUGGCCAAUGCCACCUGCGAUCUUAGCUGAUGCGCCAGUUGCGGCUGUUCGUGUGGCGGAAGCAGCAAUGAAUGCAGUGGCAGCCAUUUGGCGCACCGACGUGGAGUACAGGAGGCUCUUGCAGCAUGUGGAGGAGCUACAGUCGCAACAAGAAAGCGUGGGUAAAGAGCGGCAAGAUGCCAAAGAUGCCUCUGCCGUGCCCUCGCUUCCACUGCACGAGCAGCAGCGCCUGGCAAAAGCCCUCCUCAGCGAGGAGCAAGAAGUGCGAAGGCUGCGUGAGAGGGAGAAGGCUUUGAGCGAGCAACUCGCUGCAGCGCGAGCUACUGCUCGAAAGCUCAAGGAGCGCGACGCCAGCUACAAUGCAAGUGAUCUGGAAAGGCAGGCUGCCCUCACAACAGCGAAACGCCAGGAGGCAACUGCACGGCAGCAGUUUCAGGACCGAGAGUCCGAAAUCCAGGUGCUGCGGCGUGAAGUCAACGACCUGUCAUCACAACUUGCCAAGAAAGAUGCCGUGCAGGCUUCUCUAAGCAAGCAGAUACGUCAGCUCAAUCUCCAGCUGCAACGGGCAAGGCAGCAGCGGGAGGACUUGACGCUCGAUCUGAGACAUUACCUCGCCACCAUGCAAGACCAGUUUGCGCUGGAGAUGCGCGAGUGUCCGGUGGAGCUCCAGGAUCUUGCAUCGUCCAUCACGAGUGAGGCACAGCGGUCACCGAGGUCAGUGCCCAGACCAGUCAGAUCUCCGGCACGGUCCCUUUCUGCAAGACUGCUUGAGUUCGACCGACCUGAGUCUCCUAUGCGGGAACAACAAGCACGGAACCCCGCGCUGGGUCCAAGUCCACCACUGGGUGAGCGUGGCCGACCAAACGUUUCCGCGCAGCGUUCGCGCAGCCCGGAUGGUUCCAGAUCCCCUGGCGGCCCGAGUCCAAGAAGCCCUGGCUAUGAGGUCACAGAGGCCGACAUUCUGGGAGACUGGGAUCGCUCCCCGAGCCCGCGUUCAGCCUUUCGUCUCACAAAGAGCCCACGCCCUUUGGCUCACGGAAAAGCCGUCUUGGAGCUGCUGCCUCCCGUCCCUUGUCGCAUUUCUUGCCGAGCGUUUCCCCGUAUGCAAGCAUCCGUUGCACUGUCCUGCGUGUGGAACGAGCUCCCAGGAUUAGUGAGUCACCAUUGGGAGAAGGGGGCAGCUGAGUCAGUCUCCCGACCUCGUUUUGGAGACCUUGCUUCGGGGUUGGUAGGUGUACGUGCGGAGCAUGGAGCCAUUGGAGCCAUGGAUCCGUAUGUGGCCUCGGCGCCUAAGCUACGCAUACUUUGUCUGCAUGGCCGCUGCCAGACUGGGUCGACCUUCGAGAAGAAGCUCGAGAGAGUAGCGGUCAAGUCCGAAAGCUUUGCUGAAUUCGUGUUUGUGGACGGCCCGCUGGAGCUACCUUUGCAGCACGGAGAGCGCAUUAACACGAGAGCUUGGUGGCCGGACGCUAAUAGAUCGGACGCUGCGGCAGCUGCGGUGCGCGAGGUCUUGUCGAGAUCUUGGGCAGAGCUGGGCCCGUUCGAUGGCGUGCUGGGCUUCUCCGAGGGAGCAGCUGCUGCAGUGCUGUGCUGCCAGUGGGCCGAGCAACUCCACACUCUGCCGGAGAUCGACGCUGCGCCUCUCUUCGGGGAGCUUACCUUCGCCAUCCUCUCUGGUGCACCAGCCCCUGUUGCAUCUCCGGUGCCAGCGCUGAAAGCGAAGUCCCUACACUUUGCUUCGGCGCAAGACACAGUGGUGCCGCUGAGCGAAAGCCUGCGCUGUGCGAAGGCUUUCGACGAUCCUGAGGUGAUCGAGCAUGACGGUGGGCAUUGUGUUCCGCAGCGAGCGGAGGACAUUCGGAGCCUCGCUGCGUUUCUUGAAGCUCGCUCAAAGGAAUCACGCCGGAUGCUCGGCAGAGCCAGUUCUUCUGACCUGGAAGAGGAACCCAAGGUGAACCAGGAACAAAAGGAUGAGAUAGAGGCUCUUUUUGCCAUGUUCGGGGAGGACGAGCUGUGCUUGCUCAAGCCAGUGUGGCCAGUGCGCCUGGCCGUCCGCCUUCAAUAUGGUGAGAGCUUUGCUGCCCUUCGGUUUCUUUUUCCUCCGAGCUAUCCGCACAAGGCUUCGUGCCUCUGCGAGCUUGAAACCCGCGAUCUCGGACUGCAGGCUCACACCCGAGAGCUUCUAGAAAGGGUGGAGGCAUCGCGGGAGCCGCUGGGCUUUCCCAGUGUGAUGGCCAUGGUUCAGGCGGCGCAGGAGUGGAUCUCAGAUCACGAAGCGGAGAUAUGUGGACGUGCAGAUCCCGCAAGUGGCAUCAGGGAGGCAGAAGCUGAAGAGGCCGAAGACGCCUGUGAUGCUUGGUGGCUUCGUGAUGAGACCGAGGUCGAUGAGACCAUGUUGGCAGAGGCAGAGAAGAAAGCUGCCGGCUUGCUGCCUGACGGUGGCGAUGAGAAGUCCUGGGCUCGACAGUGCGGAGCUGGUAGUUAUGGAAAGUCUUGGGAAUUCAUCAUUGGUCUGGUCGGAAAGCCUUCGGCUGGUAAGUCCACACUCUUCAAUGCUGCCACACGUCCGGAAGUGGCAGGCAAGGAGGCAGCCAUGGCUCCGCAUCCCUUCACUACCAUCGACCCUAACAUUGCUGCGGGUUGGUUUGCGGCCCCGUGUCCUUCCGUGGAGCUUUGCUGCCAGGAGGAGUGCGAACCCGAAUACGGAAGAUCUCACAACAGCGAGCGUCGCUUCCCGCUCUGGGUGAAGGAUGUUGCAGGGCUCGUUCCAGGUGCUUACAUGGGUCGUGGCCGUGGAAAUGCCUUUCUGAAUGAUCUCUGCGAUGCUGACAGUUUGAUCCACGUCGUCGAUGCUAGUGGAAGAAGCGAUGCUGAAGGUGUGGACCAGGGGUCCUCCACAGGCAAGACUGCCUCGUCGGAUCCACUGGAGGAAAUUGGCUGGGUGCGUAGAGAAAUUCAUUUGUGGAUUUUCUGCAAUGUGCGAGCAAAGUGGGAUACUGUGCGAAGAAAAGCGAAACUGGCCAAGCUGAACUCCUCCCUGCGAGAUCUUGCCGCAGAGCGGCUGUUUACGUUGUUUACAGGCUAUCGAGCUUCUCAGCAAUUGGCUGCUCAAGUUUACGAAGCAACUGGGCACAGCUUGCCAAACUUAGCGGAGGAUGUCUUGAAAUGGAGCGAGUUCGAUCUGCACUUGCUGGUGGCGUGCUUCUUGAGAGUCCGCUUCCCCAUCGUCGUGGCGCUGAAUAAGGCGGAUACACCAGAAGCGGCCCACCACAUUUCCCGAGUGCAGGCGGCCUUGGGCGACACCUGCUUGCCAGUCUCCGCUCGGAGCGAGUUAUGGCUGUGGCAGCAGAGGCGCAAAGGUACGCUGGCCUACGAGGAUGGUGGUGGCUCUGUGUCGGUUUUGGGCGAUUUUCCCGAGGUGGAGGAGCAAGUUAAACUGCUGCGCCAGAAAGUGCUGGAUGAGUAUGUCUCUACGGGUGUCUUGAAGGUGCUGUCACAGGCAGUUUACCGGCGAAAGCCAAUCUUUUGCUGCCCUGUGGCCGACUUCUCCACAUUGGAGAGUCUGCCAAGGACUGGCUCUUCACCAACGGGUGGAUACCCGAAGCCCAACCAGACGAAGCCCAAGCUUGCGACGAUGCUAAUGCUGCGGCCGCUCUCGACCGCAGAGGAGGUCUAUGCGGCUCUCAAGAAUGAGCAAAUGGUUCGAGGGGACCUUGUCCGUGCAGAGGUGCUUCAGAUCAACGGCAAUGGUAGCACACAGGUGCAAGUUCUACGCCGUGAUGACACGCUAAGACCCAAGACCUCUCCAGCGGCCUGGGUGGUUCGCGUCUUGACCAACAAGAAGGUGAAGUAG